CGGAGCGAAGUCCUGGCUGGGCUGGAAGAAUUAGCGAGCUAAGUUUGUGGGAGGGGUGACUGCCACUGAGUUUGGAAUUUCACUAGAAGUAGUUGGACACAAGUUAGUUGGAAGUUGCUGGCCAAAGUCCAAGUCCGGUGACGGUGAAAGAUGGUGGACCGCUUGGCUAACAGCGAGGCCAACUCCAAGCGCAUAGCGGUGGUGGAGGGCUGCUUCGGCACGGCGGGCCAGCCGCUGGCCAUCCCCGGCCGCGUGCUCAUCGGCGAGGGCAUCCUCACCAAGCUGUGCCGCAAGAAGCCCAAGGCGCGGCAGUUCUUCCUCUUCAACGACAUCCUGGUGUACGGCAACAUCGUCAUCCAGAAGAAGAAGUACAACAAGCAGCACAUCAUCCCGCUGGAGAGCGUCACCAUCGACACGGUGGAGGACGAGGGCGACCUGCGCAACGGCUGGCUCAUCAAGACGCCCACCAAGUCCUUCGCCGUCUACGCCGCCACGGCCACCGAGAAGUCCGAGUGGAUGAGCCACAUCAACAAGUGCGUGUCGGACCUGCUGGAGAAGAGCGGCAAGUCGCCCAGCAGCGAGCACGCCGCCGUCUGGGUGCCCGACUCGGAGGCCACCGUCUGCAUGCGCUGCCAGAAGAUCAAGUUCACGCCCGUCAGCCGCCGGCACCACUGCCGCAAGUGCGGCUUCGUGGUGUGCGGGCCCUGCUCGGAGAAGAAGUUCCUGCUGCCCAGCCAGUCGUCCAAGCCGGUGCGCGUCUGCGAGUUCUGCUACGAGCAGCUCUCCGCCGGGACGCUGGGCGGGGGCCUGGCGGUGCGCUCGGACUCCUACAGCCGCUCCCCGUCCAAGUUCCCCAGCAACAACGUGUCGGACGACGAGGACGAGGACGACAGCAGUGACUGAGGGGUGUCCCAUCCUCCGUUCCCCCUCCCCCCCCCCCGUUAGGAAUAUUAAUAUAGGAGUGUUUCCUCGUGGGUUUUUUUUGUUUUUG